CCCGGCUCGCUCAUCCCGCUUCUGUCGGCGCAGGUGACGGCGGAGGCGCGCUGCCGACUGAUCAGCUGGCUCAUCCCCGUGCACCGCGAGAUGGGGUACUCCUUCGAGACGCUCUGCCUGACCGUCAACAUCAUCGACCGUUUCCUCGACACCACCCCGGUGGCUGCCGACUGCUUCCAGCUGCUCGGGGCCACGGCGCUGCUCCUCGCCUGCAAGCAGGUGGAGGUGCACCCCCCCAGCGUCAAGCAGGUCCUCGCCUUCUGCUGCGACGUCUACAGCCGGCGGCAGCUCUGCAACCUGGAGCGCGUCGUACUGUACAAGCUGGGCUUCAGCCUGGGCGCGCCCACCAUCUGCUUCUUCCUCGAGCACUUCACCCGGGUGCGGCUGGAGACGCCGGGCGCCAACUCCGGCGAAGCGGCGGACGCGAAGAGCCUGGCGCGGGGCGUAGCGGAGAUCAGCCUGGCCGAUUACGCCUUCACCAAGUACCGGCCGUCGCUGCUGGCCGCGGCCAGCCUGGGCCUGGCGGAUCGGCUGCUGCAGCAUCGCUGCCCGCUGGACCUGAAGGUCAGCGGAUACCGGCAGCAGGAGCUGCAGGACUGCAUGAACAACCUGCGGCUGCUCGUAUCGUUCAACACCUCGACGCUGCUGCUCGUGCUGCCCGAAAAGGUGGUGCGGAAGUGCCCGUGGCUGCAGGACGGCGACUGACGGCGGGGCUGCGGGUCGGGCGGUGACCGCGUAGGGCAGCGCGGGGGAUAUGCGUUGUUUUGUGUUUCUGCACCCAGCGUCUAAAUAAUACACACGUUCCCAGGUGCCGCGUUAUUUAUUCGGAGGGCUAUCCGUAACGGCGCCCGAGGGAAGCGAAAUAAAUCCUAUUCCUGUA